GCUGCCACAUCCAGGGGGUCCUCUCCACAAGGGACCUGGGAGCUGCUCCGGACUCACUGCCAUGGACAGACACAAUCACCUUUUGUCCUGAAACGGCAACAGCAGCAGAAGAGAAGGUGACGGGUGUUGCUAGCUUAGUUUUCACCUGCAAACCCCAACUUCUGCAUUGCCCUUACUUUUUAACACCGAAACUCCAAAUCCAGGGUGCUACACUGCUCGGGACUUCUCCAUCCGUCUUGUUUUUGGCAAGGGGAUCACACUGCGUAAGUAUUAACUCUUUCCUACCCACCCGUGGACGUUUGCACCUUGCCACGUGUAUCAGCCUGGAGAGGAUGUUACGCCGAUUGCAGACUCUGCUCCAGAGGAAGUUUAAAAUUUUGCUCUUCUCUCUCCUCCUCUUGGCUCUCCUGAUGCACAUGGCAUUGGACUUGGCUCUCCCAGUUGCUCCCAGCUCCUGCAGCUGUAUCCCAAAAGCAGCGAACCCCUUGGGCCUCCCGCCAUCCGGCCCGUUAGUUUCAGUCCAAAAAAAGUUGAGCCUGCGGAUCCUUCAGGAUUUCAGUGGCAGCAAUGGGUCCUUGGAGAAAGGCUCCCGCUCACUGGAAGGGAGGCCACCAGCAGGUGGCGGAAGUAAGAUGGUUCUCAGAGAUCGUGACUUUAAGCACCAGUGGGCAGGGGUGAAGUCGGCAUGGACAGGGCGGUCAAAGAUGGCAGCACUCUUUGAGCAUCCCCUCUAUAAGAUCCCAAUCCCGGAACUGGUGAAGAAAGACAAGCUCUUCAGUGUCAACCCCAAAGAGAAGUUCACGCUGAAAAGCAGUGGGAGUGAUGAAUGGGUCAGCAGCAGUAAAGCAGAGAUGGUCCUUCCGACUGGGAAGACUCCAUAUGAUACCUAUCCCACAUGGCUCAGGUUCCACAUUGGCAUCAAUCGCUAUGAGCUGUACUCCCGGCAGGACCCCAUCACUCCUACGCUGCUGGAGGAACUGGCUACACAGAAAAUCAUCGGCUCAGUCCAGAAACCAGGAGGGACCCAGCUGAAGUUGAUCAUGACGUUCCCAAAUUAUGGAGAGGCACUCUUCAAACCCAUGAAGCAGACCCGGGACCAAGAGACCCCAGCAGAUUUCUUUUACUUCUCGGACUUUGAACGACACAAUGCAGAAAUAGCAGCCUUUCACCUGGACAGGAUCCUGGAUUUCCGGAGAAUCCCCCCAGUGUCUGGUCGUUUGGUGAAUAUAACUAAAGAGAUUCGUGACAUCACAACUGACAAGAAACUGGCUAGAACUUUCUUCAUUUCCCCAGCCAGCAAUGUCUGCUUCUUCGGCGAGUGCUCCUACUACUGCUCCACGGAGCACGCCCUGUGUGGCAAACCGGACCAGCUCGAGGGCUCCAUGGCGGCCCUUCUGCCCGACAAGGAACUGGCCAAACGCCACUCCUGGCGCAGCCCCUGGAGACGCUCGUACCACAAGAGCAAGAAGGCGGAGUGGGAGCUGAAUCAGAAUUACUGUGCUCAGGUGAGAAAGACACCGCCCUAUGACAGCGGCUCCCGCCUGCUCGACCUCAUAGACAUGACUGUGCUUGACUUCCUGAUGGGUAACAUGGACCGACACCACUAUGAGACUUUUGAGAAGUUUGGUAAUGACACCUUCCUGCUUCACCUGGACAAUGGCCGAGGAUUUGGGAGACAUUCUCAUGAUGAAAUGUCCAUCCUGGCCCCUCUCCAGCAGUGCUGCAGUAUCAAGAAGUCGACAUUCUUGCGCUUGCAGCUGCUUGCCACGGAGCCGUACCGCCUCAGUGACAUCAUGCGGGAGGCGCUGGCCUCAGACCGCCUCUCGCCAGUCCUAUCAGAGCCUCACCUGGAAGCUCUGGACCGGCGGCUCCAGCGAGUACUGGACAUGGUGCGGGUGUGCAUGGCAAAGGGAGGCCAGAAGGAGGUGCUGGUGGAUGACAUGGGAAAGCUGAAACAGGCAAUAUGGCAGCGCCAAGAGACAAGGAGCAAAAAAGCGUGAUGGGCUGAGCAGACACUCCUUCCCACCAUGACCCCAAGGCUGCCUCUGCAAUCUGGACUCUUGCUGAAUGAGAAUCAGCACUGGUGCAGCCAAAGCUAGGUGCCCAUAUUGGGGGCAUAGUCCCUGAAUCUACUGAUGGUGGGGAGAGGGAGACAGUUUAGAUGGGGAAGUGAGUGGGACAAAGAGGCAAGUGGGAGGUCUGGCUGUAAUCAAAAGGGGAACCCUACAAAGUGAACCCAGGGGAGGGAAGUAGAUUUCAAACUCCCGUAAGCGUUCAGCUCCUGCAGAGUCCAGGAGCCAGCA